CAGAAAUAGUUAACGGGAAGCUAUCCACAUUAUUCUAAUUAGAGCUAGAGCCAGCGCCAUUCUGUAAGGUUGUAAUAUUACUGAGUAUUUUUCCAGGUGUGAAUUUAUUGAAUGAACAGUUAAAAUAAAUCGAUUCGCCUCUUAAAUGCUUUAAAAAAAAUUUUUAAAGAGAAAAGUCUUACAAAUUAUGUGUUGAGAAGAAGAAUAUGCUAACAAGAAUUGACAGGCCUUGAUUGAAAAAUUUGAAGUUUUAUCAUUCCAUUUUUAUCUUAUAAAAUUAAGCAAUCACAUUAUCUUUGAAAUUAUAGAUAUCAGUAAUAGCAAAGAAAAUCAGAAUUUCAUAACUCUAUUACUUAAAAUUUGUUUUCACUACAGAUGGGUCCCAAAUCAAUGUUUCUUUUGAAAUGCCUAGAUACAUAAAACUUUAUUCAAAAUUCUAGAGUCCAUUUUAUAGCUACUUUCCUCCGCUAUAACUUAAAAACAGAUGGAAGGGGAAUAUGAAACAUUGUCCGAUUGUAAACCAAAGAGUGGUUUAAGAACCAAAAGAAAAUUGACAUUUAUUAAAAAAUGUUUCUGUUUUGAAAAUGGUUUUUCAUCUAAAAAGAAGAAAAGCAUUGUUAAUGAUGCGUACCGGAAGGAUUCUCCUUUAUCACACUCAAAUGAUUACAUAACUGUAAAUAAUAUUAAAUUUAAUGCCACUGCACCUAAACUUGCUAAACCGUGUAUUGUGAAAUUAUCACCUUUGGAUCCUAAGUUAUGUGCCAUUUUUGAAGGCAGUGUAGCAAAAAGUUCAUUGCCGAAAAAUUUUCAAAAUACAAAUUUGAAUGAUGAUAAGCAAAAUUAUUCUUUGAUGCAUGUGAAAUCUAUAGAUAUUCAGAAGAAAAUGAAAGAUAAGUCUUCAACAUCUGAUUUAAGAAAACUUGUAAAACCAUGUUCAGUGGUUUUGGAGAAAAUUUGUUUAAAUUAUUUUUCUAAAGACUUAAGAAUUAAUUUUCCUUUGCCACUUAGUUCCACUGGUUGGGUUAAAUUAAAACCUUGUAGUGUCAAACUUCAUAGAAUAAAUACUAAUGAAGCAAAAAUAUCUAAGCUUGAUAUAACUGAAGACAUAAAACCUUGUAUUGUUAAACUUCAAGAAAUUACGUCAGAAGUACUUUCUGUGAGUGACAAAAAACUUGACAUGAAUGUCGCUUCAAUUGAAGAAACAGCAAGCUCAAAAAGUCUUCAUUUGAAUGUAACAAUUAAAGAGGAAUCACCUAGUUCCCAAUCUGAUUGUGAAGAAAUAUAUUCUUGUCAGAACGUUACAACUAAUAUAUUUAACCAAUUUCGAAAUAUUAGUAUUGAAGACAACUCCCAAAAUAUGUUUGAAGUUAAUUCUCUAAAGAGUAAUGGUGCUAUAAAUGUGACUGAAGUAUGUGAUACUUAUCCAAAUGAAUUGAUUUCUUUAAAAGAUGAGAAAUUUAGUGUAAUCACUAAAUUAACAGAAAGUGAUUCUAAUAUCAGUUCUACUAAAAAAUCUAAAAUGACCCUGCCUCGACUUAGUCCUUUAUACAAUUCAUAUUCUGAAAAAGUUUUUAGCAGUUCAAAGUCUUUUGAAAUCUUAAAAGAAGGAACUGUUUUAGUUGGUAGCAGCCUUAAAUGUAAUGAGCCUUCUAGUUUGAAGUUUGCUGCAAAAUCUUACUCUAGAUCCAGUAAAGACAAAGGAUUACAAAGUCAAAUGCAAGAAAAUAUUAUGUAUCACUGUUUUCAUUGUAGCAAAAGUCUACCCAGUCUUAAAAGUUUAUAUUAUCAUUUGUGUAGAGAAAAACAAAAAAGAGGGUACCCAUGUAAGUUUUGUGGUAAAAAUUUUGAUUUAUAUGGGGCUCUUAAAAAACAUAAAAAGUGUCAUGCACUAAGAAACUCUUUGAGCUGUACUGAUACAAUGAAAAGUCGACGGCCACAUAAGAGAAUGGGAAAAGCUAAUAGUGUGUUGGGAUUAGAAAAUAAAGUAGAUAUUAAAGAUUUCAGUUCUCCUAGUGAAACCAUCGGUAAAAGAAUGAAUGAUAACGAAAAAGGUCUUGAAAGGAAAGAAAAUAAUUCUUUCUCCAAAUUGAAACCAAAGAGGUUUAAGACCAAAUUUUUUUUACAAAGUAUAUCAGAUGCAACAACAAGUUCUGGUUGUUAUUCAUCUGGUGAUUCUAAUUUCUUACAUUAUGUUUGGAAUUCUGAUGAUAGUGAAGUUGAUUUAUAAAUGACUGAUUCUGGCAAUGAGAAUGUUUAAAUAUGUUCAGAAAAUGUUAUUUAACCAGAGCUUAAUUUGGUUACACUAACCAAGAAAAAAAGAAAUUCAUUUGUGUAACGAAAAAAAUAUUUUUAGCGUCCCACUUCAGUUUUUCAUAGAAGACUAUGUGACACGUAAAAACUAAUUUUUUAUAUUGCCAUGAGCAUUUGAACAGCAGACAUUUUAAAUCUGUUUUAUAUGUAUAAAAAAUGAGUUUCAUUUUACUUGUCUGAAGAAUGAGUGUUGUUAGAAAAGUAAAACAGUUUAAAUGACUUAAAUUUGCUAUUAAGCCAGUGUGGAAUCAAGUUGGUUUUGUAAAUUCUUAGUUUAAAUAAAAGGCUUGUAUUCUUUUUCAUCGCUCUUUUAUCAGGUAGAAAUAAAUUAAUCCAAUGAUUUGAAUAACCUGAAGAAAAGUGAAAUUGUAAAUUCACUGUAUCUUUUGAAUCUAAACAUUAAAAAAAAAAAAAUUUAUGAUGAGAGCUCACGAAUAAAAGAGAUUUGUUUCUUUUUUUUUGGUACUCAAAGCCAAAAUUUUCUCUUUAUUUACUGUUAAUUAAAUAUUUAUGUUUUAACAUAUAUUUUCAAUUUCAUCUUUAUUUAAUGUUUUUUAAAAUAUACAUUAAAAAUCUUCUAUGCAUUAUGAUUUUGUGAUUAUUAUCUUCGAUUUUGGAUGGAUUUAACCAGUUUUUGAUGCUUGUCAUGUCAAAAACCCAACCUUUUAUUUUAGCAAGUAUCUUAAUUGGAAAUAAACUUUCAGUUUUAUGUUGCAUGCAAUCUGUAAGAUAAAUGUUUUUAGUCACUUUCAAAGUAACAUGCUAUGUGUAGAUUCCUGAAGUGAAAGAGUUAAUUCUAAAACAGCUAAUUUACAUUAAUGUUUUGUAGUAAUUUAUUGUUUUAUUAUCUAGUACAAACAGUAAUUAGAAUGAUUGAUUAUAAUUUAAGGCUUUUUAGUAACAUUUCAUUAAUAUGCUAGUUAACUCUAGUUAUUAAAAUUUUUUAAAUAGCAAUAUUUUUUUUUUGAUAAAUAAUAAAACACCUAGUCUAUGCAAUUGUUCAUGGUUAAAGAAAUUAUUUUCUAAACUUGAAAUCUUUUUUAUUUAUUUUCUAUAUGCAUAUGUAUUUGUAUAGCUUAUGAAAUAUGGUGUUUUUCGCUUCAUGUCAGCUUAGUUUAAUGUGUUGUUAUUUUCCUCAUGAAUAAAAAAAAACUAUUGCUGUCUGUAUAUAUAGCAUUCAUGUUCUAACAUCUUUAUUAAAAUGUUUAAAAUUGAAAAUGGGUUGUUUCAAUGAUAUCAUCAUAAAAUGUCAAAAUUGACAAUCUCGCCAAACCAUGACUUAAAGAGCAUAUUAAUGGCAUAAAAUAAUUGAAUUGCAUAGAAUUUCCUAUAGUCAUCUGCCUGUGAGCUUCUGUUAUAAUUUUUUACUGCAUGUGAGCUUCUGUUAUAAUUUUUUAAGCCAUAACUGUUACUUGUAUGUUAUAAUGCUGUCAUAUAAUUAAUAACUGUUUCUUUUUUUAAAAAAAUUUAUCAGUGUACAAAACAGAAAAGUUUAUUUUUGUAUUGCAUAGCAUUAUGAAAGUGUUUUUACCCACUGAUAUGUAUUGCCUUUAACAGGGGUUCCCAACUUAUGAUUGAGUUAUUUAAAGAUUUUCAGAGAAAAAUUAAAUAAUUAAUAUAUAUUUUUUUAAUUUCAAAUCUUGAAAAUUUUUUCAUAUUUUUAGUGAAACAUGAAAAUUAAUUUUAGCUUUAUUAUGAAUGAUUGUAUUCUUAAUCACUAAGUUUAAUUUUAUAUACUCUAUUAUUAAGGUUCAUCAACUUAUUUUUCUUAUUUUAAAAACUGGCACUUUUUCUCGUAAUUUGCUUGAAACUGUGCAUUAAAUAAAAAAAUAAUAAAUUCUUGGUUUGUAAAGUUAAUUUGGCAGUUGAUUUUUUUUAAAUUAUUUUUUUUAUGGUAUUGUGAUUUGAAAGUGUUGGGAAUUCCUGCCAAAAUUCACAAAGUGUUUUGAUUUUUGUUGAAGGGAUUGCAUGUUAUUUUUUUUAAUUUGUAUUUUUUUAUAUAAGAUGUUUAUACUAUGUUAAUUGGAUUAGUUUAUGAAAUAAAGCAAUAUAUUAUUC